AUGACGGCCUCUCAAAUGCGCAUUGCGGAAACUAUAGACGCCUUUUACGGUGAUGCUGGCGCAAAAGACGGCGUGAGCAGAAGUUAUAAGCAAGCCGUCGAGGAUCUGGAUGCCGAGACCAUCAAGGCUCUCGAUGGCCCGUAUAGAACUACUGUGUUAGAACCAAUUUCCCGAUUUUGUGCAUAUUUCCCCGACAUCAACGAAUGUAUCAAAAAACGUAAUAACAAACUCCUCGAUUACGACGCGAUGCGUGCCAAAGUGAAGAAACUCGUUGAGAAACCCGAUAAGGAUGCCACGAAGCUUCCACGAGCGGAAAAGGAAGCAGACAUGGCAAAACAGGCGUAUGACCAGUUGAACGACCAAUUAUUCAACGAGCUUCCCCAGUUAAUCGACUUGCGGGUGCCAUACCUGGAUCCGUCAUUCGAAGCUCUGGUCAAAAUCCAACUGCGAUUUUGCGCUGAGGCGUACAGUCGGAUGGCACAGGUGCAACAAUAUCUCGAUGCGGAGACGCGAGAAGAAUACGCUUCAGGCAAUCUGGACAACAAGGUCGAACAGGUACUGCAAGAAAUUCGAGAUUUGAGUAUUGCCGGAACAGUUUAA